AGCCGAGUUUCACCCGACGUUAUCAUCGAGUAUCUUAUUUGUUUACCAACUGUGUCUGUUAGUUAUGAUAGUUGUGAAAGUGUGGUUAUAGUGAACUUGCAGUGACCAUGAAUCCUGGCAGACGGAGACAGGACUACGAAGGUCUGGAUCAAGAGUCAAGAAGUGCAGUAUGGCUGGCGAGAAGCUACGCAUUGUUGCAAUCAUUGCAUGUGUAUGCAUCGCGAGCUACAAGCCGGGUGCUUCGAUACAUACGACGUCAUACACAGCCGUGGAGUACAUUACAUGAGGACGAGGCGACGACAUCGGGCCUGACAGAUGGGGCGCCUCUCGAACAAAACAGAAUUAUCUUCAUCAACAGACCGCAGCCAAUCAAGUUCAUAAACAAUCGAAUAUCUACAGCGAAAUAUAGCGUACCCUCGUUCAUCCCGCUGUUCCUGUUCGAGCAGUUCCGUCGCUACUCGAACUGCUUCUUCCUUCUCAUCGCGCUGCUGCAGCAGAUCCCCGACGUGUCGCCCACGGGUCGGUGGACCACGCUCACGCCACUCAUACUCAUCCUCUCCGUCAGCGCCAUCAAGGAAAUUGUUGAAGACUUCAAACGUCAUAGAGCAGACGAUGAGACGAACAGGCGCAGCGUGGACAUCCUGCGCGAGGGUCGCUGGAGCACCAUCAGCUGGGAGCAGCUGCUGGUCGGAGACGUCUGCAAGGUCGUCAACAACCAGUUCUUCCCCGCUGAUAUCGUCAUGCUGGCCUCCAGUGAGCCACAAGGCAUAUCCUUCAUCGAGACCUCAAACCUGGACGGGGAGACGAACCUGAAGAUCCGCAUGGCUCACCCGGACACGGCGCGGCUGGACAACACGCAGGCUCUCGCCGACUUCACCGCCACGCUGCAAUGUGAACAGCCGAAUAGACAUCUGUAUGAGUUCAACGGCAUGCUGAAGGAGCCUACUGCUAAGACGAUACCUCUGGGCUUGGAUCAGAUGCUGCUCCGCGGGUCGAUGCUGCGCAACACCAACUACAUCUACGGCGUGGUCGUGUACACCGGACACGAGACCAAGCUCAUGAAGAACUCCACUAAAGCCCCACUGAAGCGGUCGUCAAUAGACCGUCAGACGAACACUCACAUCCUGAUGCUGUUCCUGAUCCUGCUGACGCUGUCGCUGCUGAGCGCCGGCUUCAACGAGCUGUGGAUGCGGGCGCACUCCGACUGGUAUAUUGGGUUAGAGGAGGCGCAGAAUGCAAAUUUCGGAUUUAACUUUUUGACAUUUUUAAUAUUGUACAACAAUCUUAUACCUAUAUCGUUACAAGUUACUGCUGAAAUAGUUAGAUUUUUUCAAGCUAAGUUCAUAGCGAUGGACGUGGAGAUGUACCACGUGGCGACGGACACGCCGGCGAUGGCGCGGACGUCCAACCUCAACGAGGAGCUCGGCAUGGUCAAGUACGUGUUCAGCGACAAGACCGGCACCCUCACCUGCAACGUCAUGGAGUUCCGCAAGUGCACUAUUGGGGAGAUAAUCUACAGCGCUCCAGGUCCCAACGAGAAGUUAGAAGACACCCUGCUGUACCAGAAUUUACAGCGGAACCAUCCGACAGCAGGCGUCAUCCGCGAGUUCCUCACCAUGCUGGCCGUGUGCCAUACUGUGAUACCUGAGCGAGUGGGGGAUCAGCUCAACUACCACGCGGCCUCACCAGACGAGCGCGCGCUGGUGCUGGGCGCGGCGGCGCUGGGCUACGAGUUCGACCAGCGCACGCCGCGGGCGGUGCGGGUCCGCGCCGCCGGCCGCCAGGAGGAGUUCGCCGUGCUCAACGUGCUCGACUUCACCUCCGCGCGCAAGCGCAUGUCCGUCAUCGUGAGGACACCUUCAGGUGAGAUCAAGCUAUACUGCAAGGGCGCGGACUCAGUGAUCUACCCGCGACUAGCCGGCGGGGCUCAUGCACAGUACGCCGACACCACACUCUCGCACCUCGAGCUGUUCGCCUGCGAUGGCCUUCGAACCCUGGUCUUCGCAGUCGCCGACAUCUCCGAACAAUUCUACCAGGACUGGGCGAAUACAUACCACAAGGCCAGCAUCGCGAUACAGGAUAGGGAACAGAAAAUUGAGGAAGCGGCCAUGUUGAUUGAGAAUAAUUUGAGGUUGCUUGGCGCUACUGCUAUUGAGGAUAAGCUGCAGGAUGGCGUCCCGGAGACGAUAGCGGCGCUACUGAAGGCGAACAUCAACGUGUGGGUGCUGACGGGCGACAAGCAGGAGACCGCCAUCAACAUCGGCCACUCCGCGCGGCUGCUGCACAGCGGCAUGCCGCUCAUCAUACUCAACGAGGACAGCCUGGACGGUACCCGCGAGUGCAUAUCUCGACAAACGAUGGAGUUCGGCGACAACCUGGGCAAGCAGAACGAGAUCGCGCUCAUCAUCGACGGCAAGACGCUCAAGUACGCGAUGGGCUGUGACCUGAAGAAGGACUUCCUGGACCUCUGCAUAUCUUGCAAGGUCGUUGUGUGCUGUAGGGUCUCGCCUAUACAGAAGGCUGAGGUAGUAGAGAUGGUAUCGUCAGCGACGGGCGCGGUGACGCUGGCUAUCGGCGACGGCGCCAACGACGUGGCCAUGAUACAGCGCGCGUCCGUCGGCGUCGGCAUCUCCGGCGUCGAGGGGCUGCAGGCUGUCUGCGCCUCCGACUACAGCAUUGCGCAGUUCCGGUUCCUGCUGCGGCUGCUGCUGGUGCACGGCGCGUGGAACUACUCGCGCAUCAGCAAGCUCAUCCUGUACUCCUUCUACAAGAACAUCUGCCUCUACGUCAUCGAGCUCUGGUUCGCGAUAUACUCCGCCUGGUCCGGUCAGAUCCUGUUCGAGCGCUGGACGAUAGGGUUCUACAACGUGAUCUUCACGGCGCUGCCGCCCUUCGCCAUCGGACUCUUCGACAAGCUCUGCUCGCCUGAAAUUAUGCUCAGGCAUCCAGUCCUAUACAUCCCAUCGCAGCAAGGGCUCCUAUUCAACGUGCGCGUGUUCUGGGUGUGGGCGGUGAACGCGCUGCUGCACUCGGUGCUGCUGUUCUGGCUGCCCAUGCUGCUGGCCAGCCACCACAUCCUGUGGCCUUCGGGCAAGGAUGGCGGCUACUUGCUGCUCGGCAACUUUGUUUAUACUUACGUAGUGCUGACGGUAUGCCUGAAGGCGGGGCUGUCGACGCACUCGUGGACGUGGGUCACGCACCUCGCCAUCUGGGGCUCCGUCGCCAUGUGGUUCAUCUUCAUACUCGUAUACAGCAACGUGUACCCGAUAAUCCUGAUCGGCGCGGUGAUGCGCGGCAUGGACCGCAUGCUGUUCAGCUCGCUGGUGUUCUGGCUGGGCUUGGUGCUCAUCCCGCUCGCUACGCUCAUACCAGACUUGCUCGUCACUGUUGUGCACAACUCCGCUUUCAAAUCGAUGACGGAGGCGGUGCGCGAGAGCGAGAUCAAACAACGAGACCCUUCUGCACUGCUCACGCAUCCACGACACUCGGCGCGCGGCACGCCCGUGGGGCUGCGCUGGCGGCGCGCGGUGGCGCCGGCCGAGGCCCCGCGCCGCCCGCACGUGGUGUGACCCGCGCCGCGGCCGCCGCGCCACUAGCCGCGCCGGGCGCCGCGCUCUCGCUACUUCCCCGACUAUUUUUGUACGCAUUUAUAUUGACUGUCGCCGAUGUGAUACGCAGUAGUAUUAAUGUUUACUUUUCAUUCCGAGGUGGGCGUACGUCAAAUAUAUGAUAAGAAUAAGAAAAGGGAGUGCUAUUAGAUGGUAAAUAUUAUAUUGAAUACUGUUAGCAAUAGUAGUGUGGCCGCGGCCCACUGUGUGGCGCUAGUUUUUGUAUGCUCAUCUAGAUCUUCCUGUAUUUUGAAUCUUCGAAGGUUUUGUAUUUUAUGAAAUAAAUCCAACGCGUAAGACUUAUUUUAUAAUGUGAUGCCGCCGGGCACGGGCAGUUUGCUCUAGCUUACUUGAAUGAACUCAUUUCCUCAAUUACUUCCUAGGUAUUAUUUUAUAUUUAGACGUAUUGUUAAUUUACUAAAAUAAUUUAUUAACUUACACUCGUAUGAUAACAUUCCAGUAUUAGGUAGUAGCGUGAGGAUGAGAAGAUAUUAGUGUGCCACAAUUAAUAGUUUUAUGUGUGCGUAACGUGCACUUGAAAUCAAGGAAUUUAUAUAAUAAUAAAGGCGAAGGGUAGUUAGCAAAUGCCUAGAUAUAGUAGAGUUUGUGUUAGGAGCCAGAGUCCGCGUCACUAGAGAUAUCGGGCGGCGCGACCACCGAGCACGCUCUGUCAACCGCACUCAGAGAGAUAAUAUUAGUUUAGCGAAUAAGCAUAGGGUUACCAUUUGUAUAUUAUUAAAUGAAUCUUUCAUUCAACUGAACUAGCUAUCUUUAUGUUGUAAACGCGAAAGUUUUUAAGAUGUAUGUUUGUUAAUGUUUCACUCAAAAACUACUUUUGAUAAAACUUGGCAGCAAUGCAGCAUAUAUCAGAAUAAAAUAUAGUCUACUUUUUAUCCAUGAGGGAGAAGUAGCGAACGGAAGCCAUUUACUUCAUAUAAAAAUUAAUUACUAAAAAAUAUACACGUUAUUUUAUAUACAUAUUUAUAAGUGUGCCUAGAUGAAGUGUAUUUUGAAUAAGAUAUUUUGUAUAUUAGAUAGGUCGGGUAUUGUGACCGUCCGAGUAGCUUUGUGGCACCAAGUCGUGGUUCCUAUUCGUUCCUAACUUAUUUACAUUGAGCUAGAGGGCGCUGCCGAGCCCGACAGAGCGUGGUCGGUGGGAACACCACAUAUACACGAAUAACGGACUUUAGGCGCUAGAAUAUAUAAAUGUGAAUAUUUUUAUAUCUCAACACGUUUGACGUUUUCUAUGCUAGAUAGGUGUACAUACUGUCUUCUUGAACGAUACAAUCAUUGUAAGUAAAAUAUAUAUACACCACUUGUUAUUUUUGAUUCCCAUUUCAAAAUGUAAAUUGUUUGACAAUCUUCCGUUUUUAGACAUUGUAUAUAGUAUUAUUGUUUUAUAUUUGACAGUGAUCUCCUUAUGAAAAUAAGCAAGUUAAAUGAGUAAUGUGAGAAAGUUCAAAUGACACAAUAUUUUGGAAUGAAAAGUGAUCCGAAUGUCCCUUAUGAAAUUAUUUAAAUUCUACAUUUGUUAUGUACGUUCACGUACAGUUAUGGUCUUAUUUAUGAAUCGUAUGAAAUCCUUAUGAAAUGUUACAAACUUAUUUAAAUAGAAUAAAGUGAUAUUGUACAAGUAGUUUAUUUCCGCCUGUGAAGUAUAUAAUCCUAUAUAUUCUAUGAUAUUUAUAUGAAAUUAAAUAAAAACUAUAAAGAUAUCAUUGAGUGAUCAGGCCUUACUAUUGAAGAUAAUUUAUUUAGUUAUAUAAAGUUUUGUUAUUUAAUCUUUCUUGUAAAUUAUUUUCAGUUCUGUGGGCUGGUUGGCGUAUAUAAUUUAUUAUAUACACAGUCGUACAUGUUUCACACGUUCUUUUCUUUUAACUAGACAUAAUUUGGUCAGACGACCGUAUAAAGGUCGCCGGAAGACGCUGGAUGCAGGUCGCCUCCAACAGGUAUCUGUGGAGAUCUAAGGGGGAGGCCUAUGUUCAGCAGUGGACGUCCUAUGGCUGAGAUGAUGAUGAUGAGACAUAAUUUUGGUACAAGAUUAUUUUGUACUCUAAAUUCUAUUGAUACAUUAUUUUUAAAGUAUUUGUACUUAUAUUUUGCAUUCAUCAAAAGUUUUUAAACAGUCCAAGAUCAGACGUAACAUUUCUUUUUCUGAGAUAGUAUGUUAAAAUAGUAUCGCCAACCUGUCCACAAUUGUUUGUCUUCUUCCUUUCAUCUCAACACUUGUUAUGUUAGUUGCAAUCAUUUUAAUCUUUUGUCCUUUCUAAUACUGAAUUUCACUGUCAACACCAAAAUCAAAAUUAAUCAUUCUAUAAAUUGACACGGUGAGUGACAGCGAAAUUCAGCAUAAUACAUUAUUGUAUGUUCAUGUAUAUUUACUUAGUAACGACUGUUCCCAAUUUUCUUUCUAUUUGUUGAUUUGCUUAUUCGAGAUAGAAUUUUUUCAUUAGCUUUCACUAUAAAAGCAAUGUCAAGUGCCAUCUUUAGGGAGCAAAAACAAAACAGAAUAUUGGAAACAGUCGUUAUACAAAAACACUGACUUGUGCUGAUACUGACCGGUAUCAGGUACAAUCGAACACAUUCCAUUCAUGCAUUUACUAGUUUCGUAUUUUUCUUAAAUAGUUUUGUACAAUCAGCAUGAAAGUUACCAAGGAAUAUAAAAAAAAAUAAUCCCAGUUUUAGGGGAUGAUGAUUAGGCAAGUCCAAGACUGUAUGACUGCCACACUUGCUGCAAUAAUACCAGAAUGCAUAUAUGUUUUCAGCAAUGUUCCUGAAUUUUGUAUAAAAAAAAUCUUGAGGCCUAGUGGUCCUUCCAACUUUAUAUGAAUUAAAGUCCUCACAAGUCAGUGUAGUUGUAACGUAAGCAUUAAUAAACUGUCCAUUCAUCAUGUACUAUGACGUCAUAAUACACAACCUGUACAGUAUUGUAAGUAAUCGUUUCUUUACAUGUUGGUUAAAUAAAACUGUUGAAACUA